CACAUUCACGGUUACUGCUGCCAGUUGUAGUGGGACGUUAGUACUGGCCAUACAGGCUUGGCGCAGUGAAAAUUCUGGGCGGCUGCAUUGUCAAUCUUGUCGCCUGUCGACGGCUUUCCAAUCAUUUUUUUUUUCUUUUUGGAGGACUUUUAGAAAUUACAGUUUGCUUUGGACAUCGGUUAGACAUUGCACAUUCUCUAAGCCUACACAAUGAGUUCAAUAAACGUCAAGAAACUGAAGGUAAAUGAGCUGAAGGACGAGCUGAAAAACAGGCAGCUGUCCGACAAGGGACUGAAGGCCGAAUUAAUGGACCGGUUGCAGGCCGCGCUGGACCAAGAGGCCCAAGCUUCGGGCGGUUCCGUUCCUUCGGAGACAGAAGCUAAUGGUGCAGAGGGCGGCUCCGACGAUGGAAGUGGCCCGAAUGACAUGGGAGACGAGGAUUUGGAGGAUGAUCUGGUCGGAGAGAGUAUGGAGGCUGAUGACGACGAAGAAGAUGGAGACGGGGGCGACGCGGAGUCCGCUAAUGUUGUCGGUGAACAGCAAGACGAUGAUAUGGGAGAGGAGGAAGAUGAGGAUGCCGGUGUAGAAAUGGAUAAAUCGGACGAAGAUGAAGAUGCCCUUCUAAAAGAAGAUGAUGAAGAGAUGGACAAAUUCGAUGACGACGAUGCUGGACUGGGAUCUCUGCCUGGGGAUGGGGAUGCGGACAAAGACAAGAAAGAUGAUCAGAAGAAUAAGAAGGGUGUUAAGAGACGCCGAGAGGAACAUGGAAGGGGCUACUUUGAAUUUAUUGAAGAAAGCAAAUACAGCCGAGCCAAGUCCCCCCAGCCCCCACUCGAGGAGGAAGACGAGGAGUUUGAUGACACCACCGUCUGCCUGGACACUUACAACAGUGACCUGCACUUCAAAGUGUCACGUGACCGCUACAGCGCGUCCUCUCUCACCAUGGAGAGCUUCGCCUACCUGUGGGCCGGGGGCCGCGCCUCGUACGGGGUGGCCAAAGGGAAGGCCUGCUUCGAAAUGAAGAUCAUUGAGAAGAUCCCAGUGAAGCACAUCUCCAGCAAGGGCAUCGAGAUCCACGAGGUCCUGGUGGGCUGGUCCCUGCCCAGCGGAACCCUACUUUUGGGUGAGGAGGAACACUCCUACGCCUUUUCCACUAAAGGCAAGAAGACCUCCAACUGCUCCACGGAGGACUAUGGAGAGUCCUUUGAUGAGAAUGAUGUGGUUGGAUGCUUCAUUAACUUUGAUGGUGCAGAGGUGGAGCUGUCUUUCUCUAAGAACGGUAAAGACCUGGGUGUGGCGUUCACGUUCAGUAAGGAGAGCCUGAGCGACCGUCCUCUCUUCCCUCACGUCCUGUGCCACAACUGCGCCGUGGAGUUCAACUUCGGCCAGCAGGAGGCGCCCUUCUUCCCCGCGCCCGACGGCUUCUCCUUCCUGCAGCAGAUCGCCGUGGCCGAGCGCGUCAGAGGGCCUAAGGGGCCCGAGGCCAAGGAGGAGUGCGAGGUCAUUGUGAUGGUGGGACUCCCCGGCGCAGGCAAGACCUCUUGGGUCACCAAGCACACCCAGGAAAACCCCGGAAAGUUCAACAUCCUGGGCACCAACACCAUAUUGGAGAAGAUGAUGAUUGCCAGCCUGAAGCGCCAGAUGAAGGAUGUGACGAAGUUGACGGCCAUCUCCCAGCGAGCCCCACUCUUCCUGGGGAAGUUCAUUGAGAUUGCCGCCCGGAAAAAGAGGAACUACAUCCUGGAUCAGACCAACGUCUCUGCUCCGGCCCAGCGGAGGAAAAUGUGCCUCUUCGCCGGCUUCCAGCGCAAGGCCGUGGUGGUCUGCCCCUCAGACGACGACUACAAGACGAGGACGCAGAAGAAAGCCGAGACGGACGGGAAGGACGUCCCAGAGCACGCUGUCCUGAAAAUGAAGGGCAUCUACACGCUGCCGGUGGAGGGUGACUACUUCAGCGCGGUGACCUAUGUGGAGCUGCAGAAGGACGAGGCCACCAAGCUGCUGGAACAGUACAAGGAGGAGAGCAAGACCUCCCUGCCCCCGGAGAAGAAGGCCAACCAGGGGGGCGCGCCGCCCAAGAGGGGGGGCAACAGAAGCAGGGGCGGGGGCAAGAACCAAUUCACCAGGGGUGGAGGCCAGGGGCCGCGAGGAGGACGAGGGGGGUUUCAGAACAGAGGAAACUUCAGGGGAGCACCAGGACCCCGUGGAGGCUUCAACAGGCCACCCCGAGGCUUUCUGCCCCCCCCUUCCUUCCGGGGGGGCUUCCCCAACCGCGGGGGGUACAGCAACCGGGGAGGGGGCAUGCCCAACAGGGGCGGUGCGCCCAGGGGCGGCCCAGGCAGGGGCAACAUGGGUAACAUGGGCAAUCGCGGAGGUGCCAUGCACAGGGGCAACAUGGGAAACCGCGGCGGAGGCUCCAACCGAGGCAACUUUAAUCAGAAAUUCCGCGGACGAGGAGGCAACAACCGGGGUUAUAAGAACGGGAACGGGAACGGGAACGGGAACGGGAACUUUGGCAUGAACAAGGCCCAGGCCUUCAACCAGAGCUGGCAGCAGGGGUUCUGGAACCAGAAGCCGUGGAGUCAGCAGUAUCACCCCGGAUACUACUAGAGGACCGCAGAGAGAGAGAGAGAGAGAGAGAACAAAACCGCUCCACCCUCCCGUCACCCUCCCGUCCUGUGGUGUCACUCGUCCGCCUCUAGAACCUCUGUAUUGGUUGGGUUCCUUUCUUGCUCUUUUAAGAAGUCAGAACAUUCCACAGCUGAGGGUACCUAACCCGUUUCCAGCUCUUCUAUCUGUUCCUCCGGACAUCUUUUAGUUCUUUUAUUUUGUUUACAUUUUUUUAAUAUACUUCUAAUAUACAUGGAUUUUUGUUUCGGCCACCUGCUUUACAGCUCGGGAGAAGCCUCAGCGUUAAAAUCAGGAUGGGAUGUUUCUGAAACUUUCAGGGUUCUGCUUUUUACUUGUAAAUGUACUUUUUACUACAGAUACGGAUAUCGGUAAGGUUUUGUUUGUUGUAUACGUUGUCAAGGGUCCAUUUCAGUAGGAAACAGAAUUCAUUCUAAGAGCAUGUCGCAGCUUUGAGUGUUUGUAUCUGCAGAUAUGCUUAUAAUAAUAUACACUGUAAUGUUGGUUGGAAACUAAAGAUUUUACCUGAAUUGGUCUCAAAAUAAUAAAAAAAAAAAGAAGAAAAAAAGCACAGUGACUAGUGAACCAGAUGCUAGAAAAAGUGUAUAUUUAACUGGCUCUGUCAGGGACAAAGGAAAAUUUGUAUAUUUAACUGGCUCUUCCGUCAGGAAAAAAAAAAGAAUCAUAGUUCUGGUGGCAUUUUCAUCUUUUUUUUUAAGUUGUUUAGAAGAGCUGAUAGCAGGAUGUUUUUAUUUUGUAUCUGACACUGGUCAAAUAGCAUUUUCACUAACAAAAGGUCCAGUAGUCACUGUUAAAAAUAAAUGUCUAGCAACACUAAAUGGUCAGUGUCCAUAUUUGUAGAUAUCACUUAAAGUUAAAGUGUAAGAUACUUCAAUCAGACCAUUCAAAGGUACCUGUAGUGUGAACAUUAUAAGAUAACGGCUUUGCCUAUUUUUGAUUGGACUAUUUAAAAAAACAACACUUGUUUGUUCACAAAUGAUAACAGAGUAUAAGCUUUGAAGUUAGUCGCUACGGUAGUCACUAGGAUUUAACGAGAUAUUAAAAUGAGGUAUUUAUUGCGCAGGUUUUAAGAGUGUACAUAUUGAUGGUUCCGCUCCUUAAGUUCUUGCUGUCAUGACCGAAUAUGGAAUAUGUAGUGAGUCCCUGGUUCUCCCUCCGUCGGUUGGUCCUGGGCUAGGAACCGAAGGUUCCAGUAUGGAAUUAUUUUUAUUUCCUCGUAUGAUGCUUUGAUUUAUUUUUUGUCAUGUAAAAUCCCAUUGACUUGCAUCAGUGCUUUUUGUGAACAUUAAACUGGUCACAGGUGUGUUCUGAAAUGUCAACAUGGUCCGCAGCCACACCGCUUGAGCAUGAGAAGGGCACAAUAUGAUGGAAUAGACCACAGAUGUUUUAGAGCUCAUAGAUUGAGUUUGUUAUUAGUUGAAUGUGACCAGCUCACUGGAGGUUACCAACGACCUUUGCACUGAAAUAGCAGUCUGAACCGUCAGCGAGCCCACACAAGCACACUCGUUGGAAUCACAGUAGAAACACGACACACGCCAUUUUCUUUUCCAAUCCGCAAGACCCACGGUGAGGAGGGGAAGGGUGAACAAAUGCCUCUGGUCAUAACAUAAGGCACAUAUAAUAAUGUUACUAGUAAGUUAUUACGCUAUGUUUUUAUUUCCCAUUGUUUGUGCAUAUUAAGUAUAAAUUAUGAUAUGACUAAUUAGGUUACUAGAAAAGUGACGUGUUUUGGUGGUUUUUUUUUUUUCAUAUUUGAAAGACACUAUUGUUUUAGAUUUGUUAAAGUAGAGACCUUUUUUUUUUUUUUAAAUGUCCACGUCUCGUGAUGUCUUCUUUUUUGGGGUCAUGAUAUUUGUUGACUCUCAUUUUGUGAAUGGUUACAUUCACACUUUGUGAAUGGUUAUAUUCACUAAGUCGUCUAAUGCAAGAGCAACCAUUUCCUUUAUUAUUUAAGCUGUAAAUUGAUUUUCAAAGCAAAUUUUAUUGCAGAUAUGCCAUAUAUAGAGAAUACAAGUGUUUUAUACAAAGUAACACAAAUAUGUGGCUAACAAUGGCAUGCACUGUAAGAAGAAACUAGUUUGCAGUUGGUUUGAAGUGGUGCUUGCUUGUGAUAGUGUUUGUUGGUGUACAAGUGUUUGGUCAGGUGAUGUGUAUUGUUCUCGGAUAAUGUUAACAUUUUGUAAGAUAGACUAAACUUUUUUUGUUUGUUUCUUUUUUUUAUACCUUGCUAUGUUUUGUAUUUUGCUAUUUUAAGACUUAAAACACAAAAGAAAAAAACACUGACCAAAUAGUUAAUUUAUUCCGUUUCCACUUACUCUUCUGGGGAAAAAAUGAUCAUGUCUUUUUUGAAAAUAUAAUAAAGUGGCGAAAUAUUAGCCUCAAA